AACAAGGCCAAGAAAGAACCAUCGUCUAUACCUUAUCUUCUUUCUAUUCUCUUUAAUUUUCUGCCACUCGGUCGGGACAAUAAUUGAUACAACUUUUACUGUGUGAAUCGUUGAUACCAAAAAAAAAAAAAACUACUGAAAAUGAUUUUAUACAUAUCAAACUAUUGCAUGUCAGUAUAUAAAUUAUCUGGACGUACGUAUUAAUUCACACUUAUACUUGAGCUUUAGUUGUUUCUCACAUCUGGUUUAAGAGGGGAUUCACACUUAUCUGGAUGUAAGUUUCUGUUUAGGUUAACCCCUCCUCUUGUCUUACUGCAGGCUCAACUAGAUUACCAUGGACCAUCUCGAACUUAAUUUUGGUUCUUCCAUAUAUAUUUGCAGGAGGCAGCAAUUAAUAUUAAUUAGUCAGUGCUUUGAAGCAUUCUAAUUAAGAAGCUCCAAGAUCUGACUCAUUAAUUGUUGAGUUGAGAGGAAAUAUCAGUUAUACAGAUGUCUGAACAAGCCGUUGUGGAUAUUUGGCAUUCAGAGGCUGUCAAGAGGAAAGCUCAACGUGAAGGACACAGAUCAAGAAAAAUAUGGCCUAAACUAAAGGAUAUUCUUCGGUCUUUCCUGCUAAGUUGGUGGAAAACUAUAUUUACAAUCUCCUGCAUGCUUUCUGUCUCCGUGGAUCCGUUGUUCUUAUACAUUCCUGUCACCAAUGAAGACAUGAAAUGUCUCAGAUUGGACCAUAAUCUCAAGACAGUCACUCUUUUGUUACGAUCGGCCGUCGAUCUCCCAUGUAUAGUGAACAUCAUUUCCCAAAUUCUUGCUGUGAGGCCACGGCAGCGCCGGAGGGUUAAAUUAGUGGAGAUGGCUAAGCGGAUUUUAUGGCCAUACUUCCUAGUUGAUAUUUCAGCUGUUCUUCCCAUUCCACAUGUAGUAAUCCUCAUUUUACUUACAAGAACGAGAAAGGUUUCGAACCCGAAUGCGAGGAAGUUGCUAAACUCUCUUAUUCUAUUCCAAUAUUUUCCACGAAUUUUUCGCAUGUACCAAUCAUGUAAGGUCAAUAAGGAGGAGCCUGAUGAGGAGGAGGCUGAUAAGACUCGUUAUGGCGACCAUGGACAUCGAAUAUGGUUCAAGGUGCUCGGAGCCUUUUGGUACUUCUUUUCUAUUCAACGAGCUAUGGAUUGUUGGCAAUAUGCAUGUCGAAAAGAAAAGAAAUGUGGAGAUAAUACUUUUGACUGUGGUGGCAAUCACUCAUUUAAGAAUGUCACAUUUAUAAAUGAUUUUUGCCCCAUAAGUACACCAAAUCCAACACUCUUCAAUUUUGGUAUAUUUAUGGAGGCACUUCAAUCUAAUAUAGUGGGAUCAACGGAUUUUCCACAAAAGUUCUUGCAUUGUUUUUGGUGGAGUCUGCAAAGUCUAAGCUCAUUUGGUCAAAAUCUCGAGACCAGUACUUAUGCUUGGGAAAAUCUCUUUGCGGUUGGUAUCUCUGUAAUUGGAAUGAUACUAUUCUUAAUAUAUCUCAAUGCAGUUUUGCAGUUCGUAACUACAACAUCGGAAAGACACAAGAGGGAAAUGAUGAGUAAGGAGGUAGAUUUGUGGCUAUUUAGAAAAGGCCUGCCUAGCAAUUUGAAGCAAGUGAUUAUGCAUUUCAUGAUACAAAAACUUAAACAGAAGAUAGAUGUUGGGGUGGAUGAUAUACUCUCUAUUCUUCCUUCGACACAUCGUAAAUACAUCGAGCGUUUUCUCCGUUUGGCUAUCCUUAAAAAAGUGCCAAUGCUUCAAACUAUGGAUGUAAAAAUGUUGAAAGAAAUAUGCGAGCACCUCCAGCCGGUGCACUAUCCUGAGGACAUUUGCAUUAUUGGACAGGGAGAGCGACUAUAUAAGAUGAUUUUCAUCACAAAUGGCACUGUACAGACAUACAAGACUAAUGGUGAAGGUGGAAGAAUUGGUUCCAAGUUUCUUGAGAAAGGGGACUUUUAUGGAUCAAAAGAGCUUCUCAAUUGGGCAUCAAAGUUUAGCUCUUUCGACGACUUACCAAUCUCGACCAGAAUGGUUAAGCCCAUCAUGAAAGUCGAAGCCUUUGUACUGAGUGCGGAGGACUUGAAGAAUGUAGUCCGUAAGUUCUGGUGGCAUUUCACCAAGGACAAGGAUCUAACUGAGUUCAGUGAGCCUGUGUUAGAGGAGCUAGCACUAUCUACCAUAAAACAAAUCCGUCGCAAAGCGAAAAAGAAGCAGGCAAUUAGGUCCCUCAAUAAUCAGCUGGCCAUGGGUAGGCCAAGUAUGAAGUUGCAACGGGUCGUCAGCAGGGCCAUGUGGGAUCAGCUACCGUCUCCGGUUCAAUCUCCGGCUCAUUCUGUAUAAGGCAAGGCUAGCUAGCUCGUUGGGUUUAGUAUAUACUAGCUGGUCUCCGGUUCAUUAAUGUUUCUUAGUUUAUGAUAGAGAGAAUAUCACAAAUGGUCACUUAACUUUCACAUGUUCGACACUUUGGUCACUUACUUUUUAAAUGUAUCACUUUGAUCACUCAAUUUUAACUAUGUUAUUCACUUCA